AUGUCCCAUUCCCGCCACGACUCCGCUGCCUCCCAGCUCUCCACACUGGGAGAUGUCUCCAACGAAGAGUAUGGCAAAAUCCUGUCGAAGUUCCUCUCGGAUGUCGACUUCUACAUGCCGCCUGCCGAGUAUGACUUCUCUCUCGAAGAGCCGGUCAUGGCCUACUUUGCCAGGCAGCCCAACUGGCCUUCUCACCUCACAGCAAAGGCCGUCUACAUGGCCAAGUGGAUGUCCACCGGCCUCGGCAUGUGCUACCCAUUCGCCAAGAAGGAUAUUCAAAUCGCAUACGGCAUCCACGCCACCUAUGUCCUCUUCAUCGACGACAUCAUCCACGAGCUCGGGGAUGCUCUGGACGAGUUUGAAUCUCGCCUCGUGAGCGGCAAGCCGCAAAAGUCGCCGAUCCUACAAUCCUUGGUCCAUUUCCUGCUCGACAACAGUACCUACAUGGGACCCUAUGCCGCGGCCAUGAACACCAAGGCGACAAUCGAAUUCAUUUGCGGUUGCAUCAUGGAACGGGAUUACGACGGAAAAGUCGUGCCGCCGGUCGGCGCGAAGAAGUUCCCUGGCUACUUUCGGGAGAAGACAGGCUACACGGAGCCCUAUGCACACUUUUGCUUCCCGGAAGCGACGUGCCCCGAGAAGGAGUUCUUACACGUCUACAUGCCGUGCAUUCAGGACCUCAUCGAGUUCAUCAGCUACGCCAACGACAUCCUCUCCUUCUACAAGGAGUCUGUCGUCGGAGACGAGCGGUUGAACUAUGUCUGCAACAUUGCCAAUACACAUGGGCUCAGUGCUUCCGAUGCGCUGAAGCUGGUGUGCGAGAACGUUACGGAAAACGUCCUUACGGUCCGCAAGGUGCUGAAAGAUUACCCUGAGAUGAAAGAUUCGGUAGACGAGUUCUUCCGUGGGUACAUAGCUUGGUACCUGAACCAGAAGAGGUACAAGCUUACCGACAUCGAAGUGAGGGAUUCCCAAGGCAAGCUCUACGAUUUGACACCCGCAGAGCCCAAAGCACUACAAAGCAAGGUAGUGGAGGAGGUGAAAGCAAACAAACUAGGAGGAAUCGCGGUGCAGGUCACUGCCGUGGAGGUGUAG